GGGGAAGAUGGCGAUGGAUGUAAAGAACAGAGAUGCAUUUUAUUCAGGUGCCGACUACUCCAAUAUCUACAAUUCUCAGACUGUAAAUUAUGGAGAUUGCAGUCAAUAUUUUCCUCGGGUGUCAGAUCAUGGUUGGAGGAGCGAUAUAAUGGAUUUUAUUAAGCUACUUUUGGUCCAGAUCCCGUUUUGAAGCCAAAUCCCAGUUUUAUGUGCCAGCCCUUCCAGGCCAUGACCCCAACUCAAAACCUCCGACCACCACCUGUGAUAAUGCCCCCGGACCCACUGCGAUUCCCCCUCUGUACUCCUCUCACGGUUAAGCCAUCCCCGCACCUCCAAUUGCCACACAGCCCGUCCAUUCCGGCACCCCCUGUCCUCAGUCCCAAACCCCCAGAUGAGGACGGUCAGGCGAUGGGCGCUGAUCAGGAAGCCACACUGGAGGAACUGUGCAAACCUUUGUACUGUAAACUGUGUAACGUCACACUAAACUCUGCACAACAAGCCCAAGCCCAUUAUCAGGGGAAAAACCACAGUAAAAAGCUGCGCAAUUUUUAUGCUGGUAGCCAACAGCCGCCUCCCAUUAGAAUACCAGAGGUAGUAGAGCCUGUUUCCCAUCAACCCUCAUCUGCUCCACCCACAGAUUCUGCAGAUGUGAAUCCUAAACAGACACUCUCGAAGGGAGCGAGCAGAAUCAUACUGGCGACCGAGAACGAUUACUGUAAGCUUUGUGAUGCUUCCUUCAGUUCCCCGGCCGUUGCACAGGCUCACUACCAGGGCAAGAAUCACGCCAAGAGACUGCGGCUAGCAGAGGCACAGCAAAACGCCACAUCAUCAGACUUGCCUGAGACUCAGAGACGUCCCAGGAAAGAUGGGUACGAGUAUCGGUUAAUGAAGAACCGCAGGGCCCACAACAAUACCGCCAUGCCAGGUCCUUACUACAACCCACGGCCGAGGCAGCGUAUCCCACGAGACCUCGCCAUGUGCGUCACUCCCAGCGGGCAGUUUUACUGCUCCAUGUGUAACUCAGGUGCCAGCGAAGAAGCUGAAUUUCGUCUACACCUGGAGAGCAAGCAACACAAAAGCAGAGUGUCGGAACAACGCUACCGUAGUGAAAUGGAGAACCUGGGGUACACUUGAAAAACAUUGGCCACUUUUCAUUUCAGAAUGAAGGGUUUUUAUUGUGUAAAUGUGAGCAUAAAGUGUUAAAGAGUUUAAUUUUGUUAAUCUAGAAGCUAUUUAUUAGUAUUUAGUUAAGACAAGAAUUUACUAAACACUAGAGUUUCAAGGUUUUUUUUGCACCAGGCUUAAAGGAUCAUUUUUUAUUAAUAAGGGACUAAUUUGGGGCUAUUUACUUAUUCAUUUAGCUGACGUUUUUAUCCAAAGCGACAUACAAUUGCUAUAUAUGUCAGAGGUCGCACACAUCUAGAGCAACUAGGGGUUAAGUGUCUCGCUCAGGGACACAAUGGUGUGUCACAGUGGAUUCGAACCCGGGUCUCUCACAUCAAAGGCGUGUGUCUUAUACACUGGGUUAUCACCAUCCCGCUAUUAGAUUUAAUAUAGAGAGUAAGGAUGCUUAAAGGGAUAGUUUACAAAAAAAUUAAAUUCUGUCAUCAUUUACUCACCCUCAAGUUGUUCCAAAUCUGUAUAAAAUUCUUUGUUAUACUGAACACAAAUUAAGAUAUUUUAAAAACCGAUCUGGGGCACCAUUCACUUCCAUAGAAUUAUUUUUUUAUACUAUGGAAUUCAAUCUGCUUGGUUACAAACAUUUUUCAAACUCUUCCUUUGUAUUCAACAGAACUAACACAAUUAUUCAAGUUUGGAACAACCUGGGGGUAAGUUAUGAUGACAACAUUUUCAUUUUUAGUGAACUAUCCCCUAACGGGGGUUAUAAAUCCCUAUAAUUACAGAUCUAGUAUCGAUUGCCUAAUAAGCUAAAGAUGAUUCAUUAUUACAGUAAAGACAGUGAAGUCUUAUCCUAGAUUAUCUUAUACAAAUAAGUACACAAAUAAUACUGAAUGGUGCACUUUUGUAAUUGACAUAUUUUUUCUUCUUAUGGACAGCUUGGGGGCCGAAAAUCUGAGACCACCCCGUAAAGAAAAGAUUUAUUAUAUAUAAAGUAAAAUAUAAAUAAAGUAAGUUACCUGGCUGCAUUAAAAUCAAAAUAAAAAUGUAGGGCAUUUUUUACAGUGCACAAUAAAAAUCUAGGUUUCAAAUAACAAAAGGAAAAACAGAGCAAAUUAACAUUUUGACAUGGACACUAAAGCAUUUUUCAGGUAACUAAUGAAAAGAGCAAAAAUGUUUUAUUAAUUUGUACAUGCGGUCAGUUUUCCUUAAUGAAAUUACAGCAUUUUAAUUGACUUUUGGACCCCACUGUUUAUUUAUUAUCAUUCACUAUAAUUUAUUUCUCUGUUUUAUAUAUUUUAAUUCAAUUGUCGUACGUCCUGCAACUACAAUGCAGCCUGGAUGUUUUUUCUUUAUUUUGCAUACAGUUGAUGCCUCAAAAACACAAAAAAGACUAACCAGGCAGCACUUAAACUAACAAAAGUGACAACUUUUAUUCUGAGGCGUGGAUUAACUGCGCUUAUUGAAAAGCUACAGAACACUAGUGUUCAGAUUAGGCCGAUGACAUGGAUGGUAUUCCCAGGAGAAUCCUCACGACGGUCCGGUGGCAUAUCAGCUUACUUUGAUAGCGAUGACAAUAGAUCUACCUGGUCUGGAUUUGCACACGUUUCAUAGUCUAUCCAAUCAUCAUUUGAUCUGUUUUGGUGGUAUAUCUUAUAUAUGAAAUAUGAAUUUGUUGCGUGAUUGUUGUUUGUUAUUUUCGGUCUGGGUUAUCUCCAGGGAAGCUCUUUCCUCACUUCCCAGUGGAAAACAUGGUUAUUUUACUAAGGUUACUUUGGGACUAUGCCUCCUACCUCACAUUAUUAGGGUGAAAUGUCUUCGCCUUAUCGACCUGCUCAUAGUUUAUUGCAAGUUGGUCUACCAAGAUAAUAAAUAAUAAACCAACAAGGUUUAUGAAAUUAUCAAAUAAAAUUAAUUUUUAUAUUUUGCAUCCCCAACAAGAUAGCAUGGCAUUUGAGCAGUUACUGUGUGUUGGAGCAUGUUAAAGCAAACUUUUAGUUUUAAUAUUUUACAUUUAUGCACGUUUUAUUGUAUGCAGGAUCAUUCACCUUUACAAUUUUAUCACUAAAAAUAUUGGAUCGAAGGCAUUUAUGAUAUGCUACACAUGUUUUACUGUUAUUAUUUGUUCUGUUGCUCUUAAUAUUUUGUCCAUUGUUACAAUGUUUGCGAUUGUAGUCUUACCUCCCUUUUUGAUUUAAUAUUAGUUAUGUAGUAUUUAGUUCAUGAAAUGCAUGAAAUAAUCGCUGCUUGUACAUAUUUUUAUUGCUGUCAAAAAAGGAGAGCUGCACUUAAAGCAAAGGACAAUUUGAGAGGUGGAUUUCCUGAAACAUUUGCACUUGCUGAAGAACUGGAAAAGACAAUGUUCGGGAUGACACGUUAUAUAAUAUUAGAUAGAUAUUUAAAUGAAUUGCGAUCAAAUGUUUACAGUAGGAGGACUCUAUUGGACUCUUUUCCAUGGCGGGCUGUGAUGUAAACACGUUACAUAUUCCUCAGAGCGUAAAGCUCACUCGGCUGUGAUUUUGCACAUUUCAGGAGCUCUGUUUUGUUAUCGUUGCACUGUUGCUUUGCAUAUGUUUCAAGCAGAAGGAACUCCCAGCUUAAUGUGAUUAUAAAUGUUUUGCAUAGUCAAAUACUCACCAUUUUAAUCAAAUCCUUUUUUUAUAAACGAAUAUGUGGUGAUGUGUAUAUACACGGACAUAAAUUUAAAGGUGCAUUGUGUAAUUUUUAGAAGGUUCUCUUGACAGAAAUGCAAUAUAAUAUCUAUAUUAUCAGCGGUGUAUAAAAACCUUACAAUAUGAACUGUAUUGUUUAUUAUUAUCUUAGAAUGAGCCGUUUUUAUCUACAUACACUGCGGGUCCGCUUACAUGGAAGUCGCCGUCAUGUUUUUUACUGUGGCGCAUUUUGUCACUACGUUGUCUCAGACGAUGAAAUGUUUGUCCUGUUGCGGCUACCGUAGCUUCACAAUGCGUUUUAAAAUGAAGGGGUUGGUUGCAAUUCACUUAUACAUACACAGUGGACCUUUAAAAGAUCAAUCUGCAUUAAUGCUCAUCGAACAUGUUCAUAUGGAAAAAAUCAUUUCUAUGCUUCUGUGAAAAUCUAUUCGAUAGUAUAUUGUUUUUUGUUUAUUUUAAUGUUAUUUUUUAACUUCACUAGAUAGGUUCAAUAUAAAGACCAAUUAGGGAUGUAUAACGAUUAAUCUAUAGCAGAAUAAAAGUUUUUGUUUAUAUCAUAUAUGUGUGUGAACUGUGUGUAAUAACUUUGUAUAGAUAAAUUCACACACAUGCAUAUAUAUAAUAUAUAUAUAUAUUUAAGAAAUUUUUAAAGACAUUUUUCAUGUAUAUAUACAUUUGUAUAUUUAUGUAUAAUUUAUAUUAUAUAUAAAUAUAAAUACUUAAAGGGACACUCCACUCAUUUUCCAGAUCCCCUAGAUUUAAACAUUUGAUUCUUACCAUUUUGGAAUCCAUUCAGCUGAUUUCAGGGUCUGGCGCUAGCACUUUUAGCAUAGCUUAGCACAAUCCAUUGAAUCUGGUUAGACCAUUAGCAUCGCACUAUAAAAUAACUAAUAAAUAUAGAGUUUCGAUAUUUUUGCUAUUUUAAACUUGACUCUUCUGUAGUUUAAUCAUGUGCUAAGACCGACGGAAAAUUAAAAGUUGCGAUUUUCUAGGCAGGAACUAUACUCUCAUUCUGCGUAAUAAUCAAGGACUUUGCUGAUGUAACAUGGCGGCAGCAGGAGUAGUGAUAUUACGCAGUGCCCGAAAAUAGUCCCCUGCUAUUAAAACUUACUAAGGGGACUCGCAACUUUUAAUUUUCUGUCGAUCUUGGUACACGAUGUAACUACAGAAGAGUCAAGUUUUAAAUAGGAAAAAUAUCAAAACUCUUUGGUUAUUUUUUAGCGCGAUGUUAAUGGUCUAAUCAGAUUCAAUGGCUUGUGCUAAGCUAUGCUAAAAGUGCUAGCACCAGUCCAGGAGAUCAUGGAUUCCAAAAUGGUAAGAAUCAAAUGUUUAACUAUAGGAGAGCUGAAAAAUGAGCAUAUAUUUGAAAAUAGUCGAAUGUCCCUUUAAUAUAUACAAUUUUUUUUUUUAUUGUACAUGCAUGUGUGCAUAUUUAUAUAUACAUAAUUAUUAUACACAGUUCACACACAUAUAUGAUGUAAACAAAAACUUUUAUUCUGCUAACGAUUAAUCGCGAUUAAUCAUUAUGCAUCCCUAAGACCAAUAAUCAUUUAAUAGGUUUGAUCAGGACCGGACUCAAACCUGCCUGGUCCACACGAAAACCACAGCUGUUCUGCUGUUCUAGCAAAUGUAUAUUUUUCCAGAGAUUCACCAGUGACAGGCCAUAUCCUGUUGUGAAAAGAGAUCUGUAUUUUUUGCGGGCAGGAAGUUAUGACCCUGUGUGGAAACAGACUUUCCCUACGGACGCCAGAAGGGACACCGAAUGGACUAAACAAUCAAAAGUUUUUCCGUUUUUUAUGGAGUCGUAUUUCACUGUUUGUAAGGAUAAUAGGCACAUUUAUUUGGAAGGCCAUCGAAAUAAAAUUGAGAUGUAGUGCCUUUUAAAGACACAUUCUUAUAUAAUGGUUGCCUUUGGGAUGUAUUUUACUGAAGACUAUAAUUUCAUGUCCAUCAAAGGUUUGAGUGCAAUACAAUGACAAUGAUAUUUAUUUGACCUCUUCAAUCUGUUUCCCUUAAAUGUGGAGUGAAAUAAAAACAUUUUAACUUUGUUGUAAGAAGUACUGGAUACUUUCGAAGGCAAUAUAUACCAUGUUGUAAUGAAAUAUUUCAUUAAAAACAACUCUUUCAG